AUGGCGUCAGCGACUACUAGUAGAACGCGUUUAAAUGUGAAAAAAUAUGCUCAAAAGUACUGUAAGGAAUGGGAGUAUGACCCGAAUUUAAAAGUUUCAUUAGAUAAAGCCGCCAAGUCUAGCCAGCAAUUACAUUUCUCUAAGACUCUUUUAAAACCAACAAAAAUAGCUGAAUUAAAGUUAGCAGCUUAUAUCACCGAACACGGUGCCAUCCAAAAUAUAGAUCAUUUGGGUGAAAUCCUGCCAUUUAUAGACCCUAAAUCAGAAAUUCUAGGGACUCUUAAGAUUCAUAGAACGAAAUGUAGCAUGCUAAUAAAAAACGUUUUGGGUCCUGCAAUGUUGCAGGACAUGUUAACAGAUGUAGGUGAUUCUGCCUAUUCACUAAUUAUUGACGAAACAACGGAUAUGACAACAGAUAAAAUUCUGGCAAUAAUGAUUCGCUAUUUUUCUAAAAUAAAACAGGAUAUAAUUACCACAUUUUACAGAUAUAUUAAAAUAUCUAAAUGUGAUGCAACCACCAUAUAUGAAAUUAUAAAAAAGACUUUACUAGAGGACUCUUUACCUCUUGAUAUGCUGGUAGGAAUUGGAUUAGACGGUACUAAUGUAAUGAUUGGAGAACACCACUCUGUUGCAGCACUGCUGAAAAGAGAUUUGCCUGAUAUUAUUAUUGUUAACUGUACCUGUCACUCAUUACAUUUAUGUGCAGAAAAAGCAUCAGAGUGUAUGCCCCGUCAACUGGAAUUUUUAAUUCGUGAAAGUCAUAAUUGGUUUUCUUAUAGUUCAAAACGCCUUGAAGCCUACAGGGGCUUAUACGAAGUUAUGAAUGAAAGUCGAGCUCCGAAAAAAAUACCAGGAUUUUGUGGAACACGCUGGUUAGCACGUUCUCAUGCUAUACGUACGUUACUCGAGCAAUGGGAGGAAUUAAAGCUUCUUUUCUCGAUGGCUAGGAGUGAAGACAGAUGUUUUAUGGCCGAAAAACUUUAUGACAUCAUGAAAUGUGACGCAAACCAUGCAUAUUUUACGUUCUUGGAUGUUCACCUAAGGCAAGUUACUAAAGUAAAUUCUCUGUUUCAAAGCGACAACAUCGAUCCAGCUAAACUUUUAGAAGACUUGUUUAUGCUAUUCAAAAACGUCCUUCAGAUUAUCGUCAUACCUCGAAAGCUCGAAACUUUUAUAGAAACAGAAUAUGCAUCGUUUGAUUUUCAGUCUUAUCUAAUGCAUGUAUCAGCAAUGCAUUUUGGCUACACCGUUGAAGAGGCAUUAUCAAAACUAGUUAGAGAGGAGAAAGAACACGUUCGCCAGAGAUGUAAAAACUUUCUUGUUAUUUUGUGUACUGAACUACAGAAAAGGUUGCCAAAAAAUAUUGCAUUUCUUAAAUCCGUAGCAAAGCUGUCUCCAGAUAUAGCGACGUCUCAAGUAAAACCAACACUCGUUGACAUUCUACAAAAUGUUCAAAGGGUUGAAGUAUAUGGUUGCAAACAAGAAGUGGAAACUGAAUGGAAUAAUUUGCAAAACAAAGCUUGGCAAAAUAAAUCGCGUUGUAUUGAGUUUUGGGCUGAGGUUCAACGGGAUACAGAUGCUGCUGGUAAUAAAAGAUUCUCUAACAUUUCUAAAUUAGCUUUGUCUCUUUUGUCAGCGCCUAUAUCUAAUGCAGCUGUAGAAAGAGCUUUUUCUGUUUAUUCAAUAGUAAAAAAUAAACUUCGAAAUAGACUAUCACUGCCUAUGAUACAAAGUAUUAUGUUGGUUACAUACAAUCUAAGACUUUUUCGCAAUUCUUGUGUCAACUUUACACCUUCAAAAACAAUGAUUGAUAAUUUCAAUAAUAGCAUGUAUAAUAAUAACGGUUGUGAUGUAGAAGCAGAAGAUACUUUGAUAGUCAUGUGCGAACAAUAA